GCCUAUAUUUUGUACUCUCAUCCAUUACACCAUUCUCAAUAUUCUCUUUUAACAUAUUCCCUCCGUCCCGCACUACUCGCACCUUUCCUUUUGGGCACGGAGAUUAAGGAAUUAGUGAUAGACAAAGUCAACAAUUACGGCUGUAGGUAUAAAUUGUUACUAAAAAUAGAAAGAGUGCAAAUAACUUGAGACGCCCCGAAAGGAAAUAAGUGCAAGUAGUGCGGGACGGAGGGAAUACAAAAAAACACCUCUUUUUCUUGUCCUUGUGAUCGGCGGCCGACUGCCGGAAACUGACGUCGUCCCGGCGAACUAGGACUUUUGUUCACUUGUGUGUAUUGGGGCCGCCGGUUCUUGCUCAAUCACAGGAGGAAGCGGCGCAAAAUUCUUUUGUGGCCGUGGCCUGGUUGGGAGCAUGGCUCCCGGGCGGAAGCGCGGAGGGAAAGGGGCAAAAACGAAGAGCGAAUUGAGUUUGGGCGAUCUCGUUCUUGCCAAGGUCAAGGGAUUUCCUGCCUGGCCUGCCAAGAUUAGCAGACCUGAAGACUGGAAGCAUGCUCCGGACCCGAAAAAGUAUUUCGUGCAAUUUUUUGGUACAGAAGAGAUAGCUUUUGUCGCUCCUGCGGAUAUCCAAGCGUUCACAAAUGAUACCAAGAGUAAACUGUCUGCUCGAUGCAAGGGUAAGACGGUCAAAUAUUUUGCCCAAGCUGUGGAGGAAAUUUGUGAAGAAUUUGAAGAGUUACAGGGUAAAAGUUUAAGUGAUUUCAGGGAUGAUAGCAAUGCAGAUAAACUUGCAUCUGAGACACAUUCAGUGGAUACAGUGGCAGGUGACCCCUCAAAGGUUAGUUCUGAAAAUGGGAGGGAGAAUGAGGGACUGAACUGCAAAUUAGAGAGAAAAGGGCUGAGUGAUCUAGACUUUGGGUCAGAGCAUUGUUCAGAAAUACUUUGUGAGAUGGAUAGUCAAAAUGUCAACCCUUGCUCGUUAAACGAUACGAGCCAUAGUUUGUCUCCACAUCCAUCUUUGGGUGAGAGGAAUAAGUCAUGCACAAAAUUUGCUAAACCGGUGAAGGAGACAAAUGGUGACCAGAGUGCAUUGACGAAUGGCCACCAACCAAAGCUGGCAAUGGAUCAUGAUGGUGCAAAGCGCAAAAAUAGUGAUGUGGCUAUACCACGUGAACACAAUGAAGAUGAUGUACAAUUAAAACAGGCUUCAGGUGGAAAUAUUAAUAUGUCAUCUGCAGAUAAUUCAAGAUCAGAUUUAGGUACUGGCAGUAAAAGGAUAGGAAAAAAGAUAUUGAAAGGGAAAAAGCAUCCAGCAGCGGUAGAUGAUGGUCGGGUAGAUGCUGAAGCCAUUACUGAGGAAAACAAUAAAGUAAUCUCAAGGAAAAAGAUGAAGUUCCAACAUGACCAGGAAAAGCAAACUUCUCGGACCAAUCAAGCAUCACUUCCUCCCAAAAUGGAUGACAUUGAGGGUAAAAGGUUAAAAUCAGGAGGGAAGGUUGAGUACAAAUCUUCAAUAGCACAGCUAAGUGCAAAUAAGUCCAACCAUUCUCCUGAUGAAGAUGAUCUCCCUCCACCAAAGCACCAACGACUAGCACUUGGAGUGAUGUCCACUUCUACUUCAAACUCUGAAAAUAGACAGGGAAACUCUACAUCACACAACAAUAGCUUGGUGCAUCCGAACAAGGUUCAAUCUCCAACCAUACAGCUUCCAGCAAAGAGGAGAGCUGUCCGCCUAUGUGAUGAGGAUGAGGAUGAUGAUGAUGAAUUACCUAAAACUCCAAUUCAUGUAGGAUCUACCCAUAAGGUUUUUGUUACUCCCCGAGUUUCAGAUUCCAAAAAUAAGAAUGCUAAGAGUGGGGAGACACAUGGAAACGGUCAUAUGGCCGUGAGGAACACAGGAACACUCAAGGAUGAGUUCAAAGAUCAGGUACAAUCUUCUCAAGUAUCCAAUAAAGCUUUAUCACCAACUGGUCAGCAAGGGAUGCAAAAGAGCACUCAGGAAAUAUCAGCUAAACAUUUAUCUCCCGUUUUUCCCCAGUUAGUCACUGAAAACAUCCCCUCAAUGGAGGCUAAGCCAGUUUCAGGUUCUCCCAGGAGGUCCCCUCGAUCUGUUACUGCUUCCAGACCACUAGCUGAUUUACGGAAAAAACAGUUGACCAAGGCACCUGCUAGUGUGAACCAGAAGAAAGUUCCACUGGGAACAAACAGUAGCCUUGCUACAGAAACUGAAAGAAGUAAACCGACUUCAUCUGUUGAGAUAAAGAAAACCAACUCAAGGCCCGACUACCAAAUCAAUGAUUCUGUCCAUAAAGUUGGAAACCAAGACAAAAGUGAUACCUCACACGGUGAAAGGUUGGAUGGUGGUAAAGUCACCAUGUUAAAUUUGCCGGUUGAUUUGGCGAUUUCAGACUCUGCCAUGUCAAUGAAAAAUCUAAUUGCCGCUGCUCAGGCGAGAAAGAGACAAGCAAACUUGCAUAACCCUUAUGGAAAUCCUUUGCAUCUAUUGAUUCAUGACACCGACAUGCUUGGCUUUAACCCAACUGCUACAUCUGCUGCAUUAGCUGUUGAUACUAGUAACAUACUUCAAAUCGAUGUGCAAGACCAUACUACUUCGCCUUCCUUUGAUGUUCACCAGGUGCCGUGUACUAGUGGACAUGAAAAUGAAGACCUGGAGGAAAGGAGGGUGAAUUCAGGCCAUCAGGCAUCUGGGAGUUCUUUAAGUGGGGGUACUGAGGCAGCUGUUGUUCGUGAUGCUUUUGAAGGGAUGAUUGAGACGCUAUCUAGGACCAAAGAGAGCAUUGGUCGUGCAACUCGUCUUGCAAUUGAUUGUGCAAAGUAUGGGAUUGCCAAUGAGUGCUGCAGUGUAUCUUCAUUUGUCUUGUUGAUGAGUUUCCCCUGGUUGAACUUGGCCCAGUGUCAUCAUAUUUCAUAUAUUGUAUCUGCCACUGAUGUGUUGCAGGUUUUAGAACUUCUCAUCCUGAAGUUGGCAAAUGAGCCAAGUUUUCAUCGCAAAGUGGACCUCCUUUUUCUGGUUGACUCUAUAACCCAGUACUCUCAUAGUCAGAAAGGAAUUGCUGGGGCAUCUUAUAUUCCUGUUGUUCAAGCGGCAUUGCCCCGUCUCAUAGUAGCUGCUGCUCCACCUGGAGCAGGUGCUCAGGAAAACCGCUGUCAAUGUCAUAAGGUCUUGCGGUUAUGGCUUGAGAGGAAAAUUUUUCCAGAAUCUGUCCUUCGCCGUUACAUGAAUGAGAUAGGGACAGAUAAUGAUGGUGGAGCUGCUGGAUUUUCUCAGAGACGCCCUUCCCGAGCUGAGCGGUCCAUCGACGAUCCUAUAAGAGAAAUGGACGGCAUGUUUUUGGAUGAGUAUGGGAGCAACACCACAUUUCAGUUACCUGGGUUUCUAUCAUCUCAUUUGUUUGAAGAAGAUGAUGAUGAAGAUGAUUUUCCGUCGAUGUUAUACAAGGAAGGUUUAGAUACGUCACCAUCUGAGCAUAACCUUGCAAGUAAGAAUCCUGAACACUGCACUGUUACUCCAAGUGACCGGCGCCACUGCAUAUUAGAGGAUGUUGAUGGUGAGCUUGAAAUGGAAGACGUUUCUGGUCACAACAAGGAUGAAAGAAUAUUAAUUGUCAAUUGCACCUCUAUCAUUGCUUCACCUGAGCCGAAUUCUGAUGUAAAGCUUAAAUCUGCUUCUGAAAUGUCUGAGUUGCUGCCUUCUCCUGAGGGUUCUCCUCCAUUACCACCUGGCUCUCCUCCUAUGACUCCUCCUCUUCCUGCUUCACCACCUCCAUUAUCCUCAUCCCCAUCACCUCCACCUCCACCUCCACCCUUAUCAUCAUCAUCUGCAUCAUUACCCCCACCUCCACCACCACCUUCCUCAUGGCAACUAAUUCCUCCACCUCCUAUUGGUCCUUCUCCAUAUGUUCAGUCAUUGCCACCUCAACCUGCAUUGAUGUCCCAAUAUGUGUCUCCAGUUCAGUCAACUUCUCAGCCUUUAGUUUGUCACCCUCCUCCAUUACAUCAUGAGAUUGGUGGCACACCCAGUGGAAAUCCGCCUGUCCAUAUGGUUUCCAGUACUCAAGGGUCCCGUACUGAAGCACCUAGAGGUGAAAUAUAUUCACAGCAGUCCUCUUUCUUCUCUCCAGCUGCAGGCUGCAAUGCACGAGAGCAUGUUGGAUACAAUUCAUCAAGGCCUGUUGAAUAUGGACAGAAUGAUCCAUGUUUUAAUCACCAAGCUUCACAGCAGAGACAACAUUUGCUGCCUGGUACUGCAACAUUUUCCCAAAGACCGUUGCAUCCUGAUGCCCGACCUCCACAAAUAUCUGCCCAUUUCUCAUAUUCGAAUACAGUCAUCCAGCACCAACAUCCCCCUUAUCCAUUGCAAGUAUAUGCUGAUGUUCCUAGGAGGUAUUCUACCGAUGAACAAUGGCGGAUGCCAGUAAAUGAUUUCAAAGCGGAUCUUCCUUGUGGGGGCUGGAGUGCUGGAGCCCAACCAUUUUCUGGUCAAUCUUAUUCGCAUGAAGGUUACUUUGGACCCCCUUCAGAAAGGGCCCCUGCAAGUGCCAUUAAUUUCCGGCCUGGUGGAACAAAUAGUCUACCACCAGCACCUCCGAUUCUAGUUCAUGGUGUUCCAAUGAUGCCAUGUAGGCCGGACAUGUUAGCUGUCAAUUGGAGGCCAGUAUAAGGCUGACUUCUUGGAAAUGUGGCUGCAGAGCAGGAGGAGUUGUCCCAAAUAAUCCACCUAGAUCAAGUUCUAGAUCACAAUGUGGAAUUUUGAGAAGCUAUGGAGAGCCUUGGCAGGAUUGUUUAUAUUAGAUUUUUUUCCUGACAAAUGCAUCCCCGC